CUACGCCAACGCCGAUCGCUCUAGAAAGUGAUUCAACUAGUAACGCCUGGAAUCCGCGUUCCUAAGAACGACGGUUGCGGAAUCGUUGUCGAAGGAUCUUUUAACAAUUCUUCUCGUAAUCAAUAGGUGUCGAGAGUUGCUGAGAUACGACCCGAGAAUAAUAACGACCAACCAGCGUUACUUCUCGCGGAAACGAAACGACUGGUUACAAAAAUUUCGACCUCUGGACACAUAAAAAUUCCCGUUUCAAGAUGAUAAAAGUAUUGGUCCUUCUGGUACUCAGCUCGGUCUGCGUCAUAAUCAACGCUCAGGAGACGGCAUCUAAUGAAAAGUCGCUUUUCGGCCAAACAUUCGAUGAAAUCGUCGUGUCGUCGGAUUUAAACGUCAGAAGGAAAUCAAAGGAGAAUCGUCAGGGCAAAAGAUUAUUGUCGAACGUGCCGUCAGGAACCACCGGUCCGCCGGAAAAGCCGACUGCAAUCGCAUCCAGGCUCGUUUCCGCCGAUGGAAGCCGUAUAACGCCGGAGAAAAGGGAGAGGCGUGACAUUGUUACAUCGCGAAGGAGGUAUCUGGAUUUGGGCGUCGCGGGAUACCUGCUGAAAUCUCGGAAACGGUGAAAAAUUCUACCCCGAGGACAACCGCACGACCCUCACACCCUCAUCUGUGAUCACACCUCUUUCGACGAACCUUUGGACCACGGCUCAUGUAACAAAAGGAACAAUAAAAUUUUUCUGUGUCAUAACA